AUGACAGAAAGUCAGCCCUCUCACAAAAUGCCACUGCCUCACAUGGUUUAUUUCUUUAAAGGUUUGCAACAGAGCACACCGAUGGCUUCCUCUGAUAGCGGCAUAGAAUCUUCAGCUGAAAUAGAUACGGAAAUGAAAGAUUCAACUUGUCGUGAUGAUGCAGCUGCUUCACCAAGUGAUAGUAGCAGUGAUGACGCAAUUGCUGGUGGACACUCAAAUUCACACGAAGAUCUUAUAGUCUGCGGUGAUUGUCAUGCAGAAUUUUCUAUAUCACAGUUUAACGCGUUUAUCGAGCACAAGGUUUUUAUUUUGGACUAA